AUGGCAACUUUGUGGUACUGCUGCGGCUGCAACUUUGGGCCCUUUGACUCUGACCUCUACGAUUCUUGCAUCAACUGUGGUCAACGCGCCUGCUCUGAGUGCCCCCGCGAGAAGGUCAAUAUCAGCAACUACAACCACCCCCACUCCGCCCACGGCUGCCACGAAUCCUCGCCAUACCCAUCGGUCGUUGCUUUCAACACCGCCCACACCGUUGCCCUAGACACCAAGACCAUGUCUGCCACAGGGCUCGGAGACCUCCACACCAUUCGGUCUCUAUCACGGCGAAUGCCUUUAAACAUGGCCUCGCCGUUCCCUGGCGCAGUCAACUUCUAUAGCCAGACUUAUAUGUAUAUCUGCUGCAAAUGUGGCGAUGGGCCCAAGGUCUACAAUAACCAGCCAAGAUGCGUGUCUUGCGACCAUGAGGCCUGUUCGCGCUGCGAGGAGGUCAAGUAA